UGCGUCACGUCCGGCCGCGCACCCGGAAGUGGCGCCGGGGGAGGGCCGGUUGCCAUGGAGGGGCCCGGGAGGGCGGAGGCGGCUCCGGGGCCGAUGGAUGCGCCGUGUCCGUCCGGGCUGAGCUCCCACCGCUGAGCUCCCAGCGCUGCUCGGGCCUGCCCUGAUCCCAGGAUGGGCAGGCUGAGCAUCUCGUGCCUGCUGCCGGCCUCGUGGCACUUCAGCCUGGCACCCGUGGGGUGCCCGCGGCUCCCGCACCCGUCGCUGCGGCAGCUGCUGCUGGCGGGGGGCGCGGCCGCGGCGCUGCUCUGCUGCUCCCUCCUCCUGCUGCGCUCCCGCUACGGCCGCGCCAGGACCUUCCACAGGUAUCUCGCCCGGGUGACGGACACGGAAGCCACGGACACGGCCAACCCCAACCUGAACUAUGGCAUCGUGGUGGACUGUGGCAGCAGUGGCUCCAGGAUCUUUGUGUACUGCUGGCCCAGGCACAACGGGAACCCCCACGACCUGCUGGACAUCAAACAGAUGAGGGACAAGAACAGGAAACCCGUGGUCAUGAAAAUCAAGCCAGGGAUCUCGGAGUUUGCCAGCUCUCCUGAGAAGGUCAGCGAUUACAUCUCUCCACUCCUGAGCUUCGCUGCCGAGCACGUGCCCCGUGCCAAGCACAAGGAGACCCCUCUGUACAUCCUGUGCACUGCAGGCAUGAGGAUCCUGCCCGAGAGCCAGCAAAAGGCAAUACUUGAAGACUUGCUCACUGAUAUCCCCGUGCAGUUUGAUUUCCUGUUCUCUGACUCGCAUGCAGAGGUGAUUUCAGGCAAGCAGGAAGGAGUCUAUGCAUGGAUUGGUAUCAACUUUGUCCUGGGAAGGUUUGAACACACAGAUGAUGAGGAGGAGGCCAUGGUGGAGGUUCACAUCCCGGGCAGCGAGCACCAGGAGUCCAUAUUCCGUAAGAGGACUGUGGGUAUCCUGGACAUGGGCGGAGUGUCCACCCAGAUCGCGUACGAAGUCCCUAAAACUGUAAGCUUUGCCUCCUCACAGCAGGAGGAAGUGGCCAAGAACCUCCUGGCAGAAUUCAACCUGGGCUGUGAUGCCCAUCAGACAGAGCACGUGUACAGGGUCUACGUGGCCACAUUCCUUGGAUUUGGAGGGAAUGCAGCCCGGCAGAGAUAUGAGGACAGUCUGUUUGCCAGCACAGUGCUUAAAAACAGACUGCUGGGCAGACAGACUGGCCUGAGCUCUGAUUCCCCAGUGCUGGAUCCCUGCCUGCCCCUGGAUGCUCAGGAUGAGAUCCAGCAGAACGGGCAGUCCCUGUACCUGCGGGGAACGGGAGAUUUCCACCUGUGCCGGGAGCUGAUCCAGCCCUUCAUGAACAAGACCAACGAGACCCAGACCUCCCUGAACGGGGUUUACCAGCCUGCUGUGCACUUCCAGAACAGCGAAUUCUAUGGAUUCUCCGAGUUCUACUACUGCACAGAGGAUGUGCUGAGGAUGGGAGGAGAUUACAACGCUGCUAAAUUCGCUAAAGCUGCCAAGGAUUAUUGUGCCACUAAGUGGUCUGUCCUCCGGGAGCGCUUCGACCGUGGUCUCUACGCCUCUCACGCCGACCUGCACAGGCUGAAGUACCAGUGCUUUAAGUCAGCCUGGAUGUACGAGGUGUUCCACAGUGGCUUCUCCUUCCCUGUGGGUUACAGCAACCUGAAAACAGCCCUGCAGGUUUAUGACAAGGAGGUGCAGUGGACCCUGGGGGCCAUCCUGUACCGAACACGCUUCCUCCCUCUAAGAGACAUCCAGCAAGAAAACUUCCGUGGAAGUCACUCCCACUGGAGGAGCUUCUCCUUCGUUUACAAUCACUACCUGUUCUUUGCCUGUUUCCUGGUUGUCCUGCUCUCCAUCCUGCUCUACCUGCUCCGGCUCCGGCGCAUCCACAGGCGGAUGCUCCGCAACGGCUCCUCUCCCUCCCUCUGGAUCGAGGAAGGCCUCCCACCACAGAAGAUGGCAGGGCCCUUGUGAGAUGCUGGGAUGGAGAGAUUUUUUUGGUUUUUUUCUUGGACUUGUUA